UGUCCAUUGAUAAACAUUGUCCAGCCAGCCGAAAUGAACUUAUCCUCUACGUACCACAUACAAUAUGAGCGAGUACACCACCAGAUCCGUCGGUGCCCCCAACACCCUUGAAUACAACGUCUACGUUGAGAAGAACGGCAAGCCCGUCUCCAGCUGGCACGAUAUCCCUCUUUACGCUAAUGCCGAGAAGACCAUCUUGAACAUGGUUGUCGAGAUUCCCCGUUGGACUCAAGCUAAGCUUGAGAUCACCAAGGAGGACACUCUUAACCCUAUCAAGCAAGAUACCAAGAAGGGUAAGCUUCGUUUCGUCCGUAACUGCUUCCCUCACCACGGUUACAUCUGGAACUACGGUGCUUUCCCCCAAACUUAUGAGGACCCUAAGUCUAUCCACCCUGAGACCAAGGCCAAGGGUGACAGCGACCCUUUGGAUGUCUGUGAGAUUGGUGAGGCCCGCGGUUACAUCGGUCAAGUCAAGCAAGUCAAGGUUUUGGGUGUCAUGGCCCUUUUGGACGAGGGUGAGACUGACUGGAAGGUCAUUGUCAUCGAUGUCAACGACCCCUUGGCUCCUAAGUUGAACGACAUUGAGGAUGUCGAGCGUCACAUGCCCGGUCUCAUUCGUGCUACCAACGAAUGGUUCCGUAUCUACAAAAUUCCCGAUGGCAAGCCCGAGAACUCUUUCGCCUUCUCUGGUGAGUGCAAGAACCGCAAGUACGCCGAGGAGGUUGUCCGUGAGUGCAACGAGGCCUGGGAGCGUCUUUUGGCCAACCCUGGUGAGGCUAAGGAGGAAUUCGGUUUGGUUACCGAGUCCUCUCCUGAGUACGCUAAGGCUGCUGAGGCUGUUCCUGCUGGUCAAGACCUUCCUCCUGCACCUGUGGAUCCCUCUGUUCACAAGUGGUUCUACAUCUCUGGCUCCCCUCUUUAAACGUGAGUAGUAGUCUUUAACGAAUGUUAUUUCUUGCACAUGUUUUGAUGAA